UUCCGUAAGUAAAGGGAGGCAAUUAGAUGGCGGGAUUCGGCCAUUUUGUUUUUAAAAGGCUGGGCUUCAUUGCCUGCAUCAUUGAUUUGUAGCAAUUUACUCAGAUGCAUGAUGUUUGCUUGUCAAAGAAAUCCCUAUUUAAGAGAGCUGAAAUCUGUUGUCAUUUCUUGCAAAAAGGUCGCUGAUAAAUAUCAUGUCCUUUUGGAUGACACCGUUCUUUUUCCAGAAGGAGGUGGACAACCUGACGAUAGGGGGAAGAUCGGGGACGUGAAUGUUGAACGUGUUUUUAGGCAAGGGAAUCAAGCGAUACAUGUUUUGUCAGAUCCAGUCAGCGAAAAGGAAGCCUAUGAUUGCAAAAUCGACUGGGAAAGAAGGUUCGACCAUAUGCAGCAGCAUUCCGGACAACAUUUAUUGUCAGCGAUUGCUCAUCAGAAAUAUGGGUUCAAAACAACAUCGUGGGAUUUAGGGACCAAAGUUUCCAAUGUUGAAUUUGAUACACCAAAUAUCACUCAAGAGCAAAUAAACCUGAUAGAAGGGGAAUGCAAUGAAAGAAUAAGGGAACACAGAGAUAUUAUAGUGCACUUGAUGAGUAAAGAUGAAGCAAUGGAAGUGGAGGAGGUCAAAUCGCGAGGCUUACCUGAAGAUGUCACAGAGAAUAUCAGAAUAGUAGAGAUGAAAGGAAUUGAGAAGAACAUGUGUUGUGGUACACAUUUGUCAAAUACAAGUGAAAUACAAGCUAUCAAGCUACUGCAUACUGAAUCAAUGAGAGGUGGAACAAGGCUAUUCUUUUUGGCUGGUCAAAGAGUUGUUAUCAAACUUGCCUCCUGCAUUGAGAAUGAAGUAAGUUUGACCAAGCUGUUGAGUACUGGCCCAGAUGAGCAUGUUAAAUCAAUUGAAAAAGUGCAAAAGAGUUCAAAAGCAUUGCAAAGAAACUGCAAAAGCUAUUUAAAAGAAGUGGCCACUUUGGAAGCAUUGCAAAUAGCUGAUGUUGCCAAAAAGGAGGGUGCCAUUUUUAAACACAGAGAAGAUGGCGAUAUUGACUAUAUUAAUGCAUUUAUCAAUCAGCUAAAAGAGAAGGCCAGUGAAUGUCUGAUAAUGGUUUCUGCUGGUGAAAUCAAAACUGGUGGUAUGUUUGUGAUUUGUGGUCCAGAAAGCAUGGUAAUGAAGACUGGGCCAAAAGUGGCUGAGGUAUUAGAUGGCAAAGGUGGGGGCAAAAAGAACAGGUACCAAGGAAAGGCAAGCAGUUUCAAGAAGUUGGCAGAAGCUGAGAAACUUGUUAGGGAGAUUCUGAAGGAGUGAAUUUUGUUGACUUUUUGAACCAAAAGGAAGCUUACAUUUAAUUGGCUUCCCUUAGUGAUAUUGACUGUAGUAAUAAAGGAGGUCACUCUAAUUGUCAAAUUGAAGAGGAUUUUGGAAAAAUGUGACUGUGAUAUUUUUGAUAAUCUUAGAUAGUAGAGAUGCCACAAUUAUAGCAUUGUUUUCUUUGAGAAAGCAUUUCAUAUCUCUGUUUUAAUUAGAAAAUUGAUAGUUGUAUGUAAUCAAUGAUAUCUAUAGUCAGCAAAUUGUAUCUUUCAACUGCACUAUUACAAAAUUUUGUCUGUUAAACUAGAUUUCUUUGCCCCAUUU